AAAUCAAGAAAAAGAGGAAGAAUCUUCUAAGAUCGAUCAAAAUAAUAAUGUCGUACUGAUCGCACAUUGAAACGUUUUGAAUGUAUUCUCUAAAAAAAAAAUGGCCUCUCAUAUACAUACGCAAACAAUUUGUUCUGAAAACACAAUGACUGGAGCAGUUUCUACGUUACAAUUACUGAGAAGUUAUAGAUUUCUUGCUCCGAAUUCAGAUAUAUAUAGAUACGAGCCGUAUACUCCUACUCAACAUUGUAAAUUUAACGAAACAAAUAUAUUGUCCAAUUCAACGUCAAUAGAAUCGUCAUUGACGCCAUCGUUGACGACAACUGCUUCUCUUUCUGGAACAUUGCCAAUUCCUAGUGGUUUUCUAGUGCAAUCUCCUUUUUUCACAACUAUGACACCGUUAAUGCCAUCGUUAAAUAUACCUCGACGAUAUUCGGAUUUAAUAGAUUCUGAUACGAUUAUGAAUCGACAGUUUAUCAACGAUAAUAAUACACAGAGUAUCAUUAGACGACCUAGAAGCGAGAAAAAGCCUAUUCCGGAUGAUCAAAAAGAUGAAAAGUAUUAUGAAAGACGUAAACGUAAUAAUCAGGCCGCAAAGAAAUCUCGAGACGCACGAAAAAUUCGUGAAGAUCAUAUCGCUUUAAAGGCAACAAUGUUAGAACACGAAAAUGCUAUUUUACGAGCGCAGGUGGUGACCCUUCGAGAGGAAGCUCAAUCGCUUCGACAUAUGUUGCUAAAGCAGCAACAAGCAACUAGGACACAGUCCAUCGAACGUUCUGUAUCUUCAUUGACGUCAGUAACACGAUCAUCGAUGCGAUCUCUCUCUACAUUGGAUUGCGAACUAUAAAAGGGGGAAAAGGUCUUUAAUUGAUUAAAUAAAGACAAACUAACUACUUCCACCAUAAUUUCUAAUCUCCCACCGAUCUCCCAAGAUUCUUUGUAAAUUAAUUAAGAUAACAGAACGGAACGGAAUGAAUUAUAAUAAUAAUAUAACAUGCUAAUAUGCGUAAUAUACGUGAACAAAAUGUUUGUUCGUUCUCUAAGAUCUGAAGUAAAGAAAAAAAAAAAAGAAAGAAAAGAAAAAAAUGAAAAGAAAGAAAAA